AUGCCCACUCCAUCCAAAGCACCCAAUUUCAGUUACUCAGAUAUUUAUGACUUUGACAUAAAUGGACCUGCAUGCGAUGAUCAUCCCAAUUUAAAUCAUCGAAGUAUAAGUGAAGGGCUUAACUACCUUCAUUCCGGAUGGGUAGGAGCUAUAAAGCAUUGCUACAAAACUGUUAAUAAGGACAUUAUUACACUGGCUGGUCAAAUUCGCUUUUCCCAGAGGAUAAACAACUUUCACAAUGUUGAAGUAACAGUGAAUAAAGCAAACAGGCAAAUAGUUACUGUUAAAUGUAACUGUACUGCUUCUAAGGGGAAAUCCUGGAGCCAUUCAGCUGGCCUUCUCUUCAAAAUUGUGGAAGCUAACAAGUGUGGAUUCACAGCCAGUUCAUGUACGGAUAAAGAGUGCAUCUGGAAUCAUUCAACACAGGAAAAUGUACUUCCAGACAGCAUAAGUAAUAUCCUAGGGAAGAAUGAAUCCACCGUCAAUACAAGUCUUGCAUUUGAUACUGAUGAGCAACUUAUGGACCAUUUAAAUAGUUCAACACUGAAGGAACUAUCUGCAAUACCCGGAACUAUUUUAAAUCCCCUUAAAUCAGCCAAGCUAUUGUCCCAUCCCCACAACAAGCGCACACUACCAGACCAUGAACUGCACAACACCAACAUGGAGUGCCCUGCAUGUCUCAUGACUUAUGAGAAAUAUGUGAACCUUUCAACUACUAAAGCUGCAUUGCUUGCACAGUCUACAGUUAACCAAAAGUGUGGUCUGUGGACAACACAGAGAAAACUUCGAAUAACAAGCAGCACAGCAGCUAGUGUUCCCAAGACAGUUGGCACAGACCCUGCCGAGUGGAUUGCAAAUCAUUUGCAUCCAACAUUCUUAAGAAAUUCCGCAACUCGUUAUGGGCAAGAACAUGAAGCGGUUGCACGUGAGCAGUUUGAGAGGGACACUGGUAAACAUGUGGAAACCACUGGUCUGGUUGUCAAUCCAGAAGAAAGCUGGCUAGGAGCCAGUUUAGAUGGAAUUGUUGAUGAAAAUACCAUCCUUGAAAUUAAGUGCCCCACACAACAGAAACUGUCUAAAUAUGGUUCUGUCCGUGGCUUGAUAAAUAGUGGACAGUAUGAGGUGAGAGUUCAGCAAGAUGGAUGUUUCUAUUUACGAGAGACAACAGCAGCAAGUGGCUAUUACACACAAGUACAGAUUGCAAUGUUUUGUUCACGCAGGAAAAUGUGCAAGUUCAUGGUGUGGUCCCAGACUGAUUAUGUCAUUGUAAAUGUGAUGUAUAAUGAAGAAUGGGUAAAUAACAGAAUUUCACAGCUUAGAGAAUUCUAUUUCAUACAUCUACUGCCAGCCCUUACAGAUAAAAUUGCUAGAGGGGAUCUACAUAUAUAG